AUGUCGCUCUCCCCGGGCUCCAAGAAACCGGAGAAGAAACGCGUGAUUCUGUCCGGUACCUGCCCGGAUCCGCGCUGCGAGGCCAGGCUCUUCUUCCCCGCUCACGGAACCGCGAGCAUAGAGUGCACCGAGUGUGGACAGCGGCACGAGCAGCGGAGCCUGCAGCGGGUGGAGGAGGUGACUGAUCCUGAUGUGGUACUUCAUAACCUCCUGAGGAAUGCUCUGCUCGGGGUCAGCUCGGCUCCAAAGAAGGGAACAGAGCUGGUCAAGGUGAUGGGUCUGUCCAACUACCACUGCAAGCUGCUGUCGCCCGUGCUGACGCGGUACGGCAUGGACCGGCAGACCGGGAAGGCGCGGCUGCUGCGUGACAUGAAUCAAGGCGACACCUUUGACUGCGCGCUGCUGGGAGACCGCGCCUUCCUGCUGGAGCCUGAGCACGCGGCCACAGUGGGCUACGGCAGGGACCGCUCCGGCAGCCUUUCCUACCUGCACGACACGCUGGAGGAGGUGCGGCGGUCCAACGGCGGACGCGAGUGCCUGAUCCCGGUGCACGUGGACGGAGACGGCCACUGCCUGGUGCAUGCUGUGUCCCGCGCUCUGGUGGGCAGGGAGCUCUUCUGGCACGCCCUCCGGGAGAACCUGAAGAGUAACCUGGAGCUGAACUUAGACCGCUACAAGGCGUUGUUCCAGGACUUCAUUGACGCAGACGAAUGGGAGGACAUCAUCAACGAGUGCGACCCCCUCUUUGUGCCGCCAGAAGGCGUGCCUCUGGGCCUCAGGAACAUCCACAUCUUCGGCCUGGCCAACGUCCUGCACCGCCCCAUCAUCCUGCUGGACUCUCUGAGCGGCAUGCGCAGCUCGGGGGACUACUCUGCCACGUUCCUGCCCGGCCUGGUGCCUGAGGAGCAGUGCUGCGCCAGAGACGGCAGGCUCAACAAGCCUUUGUGCAUCGCCUGGAGCAGCUCAGGCCGCAACCACUACAUCCCCCUGGUGGGCAUCAAGAACACGCAGCUGCCCAAGCUGCCCUCACGCCUCCUGCCCAAGGCCUGGGGGGUACCGCAGGAGCUUAUUACCAGAUAUAUCAAACUGGAGCCGGACGGUAGCUGUGUGAUCGGUGGCGACCGUAGCCUUCAGGACAAGUACCUGAUGCGGCUGGUCCAUGCCAUGGAGGAGGUGUUCAUGGAGAAGCACGGUAUCCACCCAUCACUCGUGGCCGACGUGCACCAGUACGUAUACCGGCGCACUGGAGUCAUCGGGAUCCAGCCCGAAGAGGUGACUGAGGCAGCGAAGAAGUGUGUUCAGGAGAACCGUCUGCACCGCUGUCUGCUGUGUGGCGCCCUGUCAGAGUUGCACGUGCCCCCUGAGUGGCUCGCUCCUGGGGGGAAGCUGUACACCCUCGCCAAGUCCACACACGGCCAGUUGCGGCAGGACAAGAACUACAGCUUCCCCCUCAACAAUGUGGUGUGCUCCUACGACCCACAGAGGGACGUUCUGCUGCCGGACUACAGCCUUAGCUCCCUCAGCACCUGCAACUGGUGCCACGGGACCUCAGUGCGGCGAGUCAGAGGCAACGGCUCCGUGGUCUACCUGGACGGGGACAGGACCAACAGCCGGUCGCAGGGAGGCAAGUGCGGCUGCGGCUUCAAGCACUUUUGGGACGGGAAGGAGUACGACAACCUGCCUGAGGCCUUUCCCAUCACUCUGGAGUGGGGCGGGCGCGUGGUGAGGGAGACAGUCUACUGGUUUCAGCACGAGAUGGAGCCGGCCUUAAACAGCAACGUGUACGAUGUGGCUAUGAAGCUGGUCACCAAGCACUUCCCGGGCGAGUUCGGGAGUGAGGUCCUGGUGCAGAAAGUGGUCAACACUAUCCUGCACCACACGGCCAAGAAGAACCCCGACGAGUACAACCCAGUGAACAUAGACGGAGCACACGCCCCACGGGCCGCACCGGAGGGCCCCACUGAGUCUCCCACUGUGUCCAGUGCUUCCUCUGAGCCCCAGCCCCCGACCAAAAUUAUCCUCAUGGGUCAGAAGUCCAAAACUCUUCACCGAGAAGAGCUGACCAUGAGCCAGGCUGAGCGCAGCGUCCAGCAGAACAUCACGGAGCACGCCGCGGCCAACCAGAGACGCCUGAGCCACAAACUCAACCCAAAACUGAAGCAGGAGCGUGUGAGCAGCGAGGCACCGGUCUCCCAGGACCCGCCCUCCUCCGGCCCGGCUACGCCCUCCUCCACCCCAGCCACGCCCUCCUCCAACCCAGCCAUGCCCUCCUCCACCCCUGCCAUGCCCUCCUCCACCCCUGCCAUGCCCUCCUCCACCCCGGCCACGCCCUCCUCCACCCCAGUCACCCCCUCCUCCGCCCCGGCCACACCCACCAAGUCGUCGUCCCUGUCAGAGAAGAAGGUGCGUGUGACGACCAGCGACGGCAGGCAGGCCAUGCUCACGUUCCCCCCACGCUGCACGUACGGUGAGCUGCAGCAGAGCAUCGCCCGUGAGUUCAGUGUACCGCCGUCGCAGCAGUGCAUCCGCCUCGGGUUCCCCCCUAAGGAGCUGCUGCCCCCUGCAGCCGGGGAGGAGAAUGAGCCCGUGGCCCUUCAGCACGGCGACCGGGUGAGUGUGGAGGUCUUGUCGCAGCGCAGAGCUCCAGAGGAAGUUCUCAGCCCGCAGGCCACACCCCCAGACAAGAAGCAGGGUUCAGGCAGCACGAGGGCCAGUCGCGAGCUGCAGGACAGCAUCGACCUGGAGAUGUCUUCCCUCUGUCUGCUGGCCACACUCAUGGGUGAAGAUGUCUGGACAUAUGCCAAGAAACUGCCCCACCUGUUCCAGCAGGGCGGAGUCUUCUACAACAUUGUGAAGAAGGACAUGGGCCUGCUGGACGGGAAGCACUGCACGCUGCCCCACCUCUCGGGGAAGACGUUUGUGUUCAGCGCAGCAGAGGAGCGCCUGGAGCUGUGUGUGGACACGGCUGGACAUUUCCCCGUGGGGCCUGACGUGGACGAACUGGUGAAGGAGGCCGCCCUGCACCCACGCCCUGAGGCCAGCAAGGGGAGCCGCGAGAGCAGCCCGUCCCACAGCGCUCUGAAGCUGGGCAGCGGAGGGGCCGUGCUCAAGAAGGAGCAACUGCACGGAGUCACAGCCUUCCAGGGAAAAGGACACUCACUGGGCACGACCGGAUCCCCGCCCGAGCAGAGCAGAGGGCCCCGCAAACACACCAAUGACUUCACUGCACAUGGGAGUAAAGGGCCGUCAUUGGGCGACUCUUCACCUCCAGAGCAUCGGCCAAUCAGGCGACAGCACAGUAGUGGGGUGGACCUGAGUGCCAGUGUGAGCAGAGGAGCUGCAGAGCUGUCUGACAUCGCAGAGGACACUUCCAGAGAGCUGGGUAACGCGUCGCGGGAGCUGGUGCGGAUGGCCCCGGGCUUUGUGACCAUGAAGGACGGACGUGGAGGCCUGGAUCCUGAGGCCAUGGAGCAGCAGCGCCGGGCCCUGCAGGAGAUGGUCUCCUCCAUCCAGGCUUCCAUGGAGCGCAACAUGAGGGAGCAGAGAGACAGCCAAUCACAGCAGAGCACAGCCCGCCCCCGCUCCCGCCCCCGGGAGGAGGGGCCAGAGGACAUGGAGAGUCAGGACACCGAGCAGAGCAGCACUGAGCCAAUGGACCACUCCUGA